AUGAAUCCCGCCAAUUUCGGUAAUGUAGGCGCCGGGAUGCCAGGCAACCCACAGGGGCAGAUGCAGAUGCCUCAUCGAGACCCCCAGGUUGUCAUGGGCCAGGUCGCCCAGGCCUUGCAAGCUCAGGGUCCCUUCAGCGGCUGGAGGACAGAAGUCACCGUCAAGGAACGGGCCAUGAAAGUCUAUCAAAUGGUCACCUCUCUUCGUCUUAUCACUCCACAGAUCAAUAUCCAGAAUGCGGCGCAGGCGGCCUUGACAUUUGAGCAGAAAGCCUUCCGGGAAGCGAACCAAAAGGCCGAUUACGACAGAGAAUGCAACGAAAAGCUCAUCCAUAUUCGAGAUACUCGUGCUAGGCAGGCUGCGGUCAUGCAGGGCGGCAUGAUGCCCCAGGGUGUUGCCCACAACCAAAUGCAACCUCCUUUCGCGCAACAAAUGAACCGACCUCCCAUGCAGGCCUCUCCUAUGCCCAAUCAGCAGCAAAUGGCUAUUGAGCUUAAUGAUCCCGCGGCCCUGCAGCAACAGCGCCAGCAGCAACAGUCUCAGGUUUUGCUUCAGCAGCAGCAGCAGCAGCAGCAGCAACAACAACAGCAACAACAGCAACAUCAACAACAGCAACAGCAGCAGCAACAACAAACACAAGCACAGCAGCAAGCUCAACAAUCGCAGCAGCAACGCCAGCCUCAGCAACAGCAAAGACCACAGCAACGCCAAGGGAGCGGUGCUCCGCUGCCGGAUGAACUCAACAGCCUGUCUGCCCAGGAGCAUGAGCAUGUCUGUCGCCUUGCUCGCCAGAUGCUUGCUAAAACCUCGGCGGAAGAUAUGGAUAAGAUCAAAAUGAACCUGCAGAACAUGAAUCAGGAACAACGGCAGUAUUUGGCCAAGAAGGAAAUGGACCCGAUGACUUAUUUCUUCCGCUCCCAAGCGCUCAACCAGUUACGCCGCAUCAAGCGCAGCCGUAUGGAGAUGGCGCGCGCCCAGAGCGUUGGGGUCGAUCUGAACGGCGCCAUGAUGGGCGAUCCGAUGAUCAAUGCCCAACAGCGCCAAAUGUUCCAGAACAUGAUGGGCAUGCGAGGCAACUCUGGCUUCCCCAUGAACGGCGGCCAGCCCAACUUGGACCCAUCCGCGUUUAUCGGGAACGUGGAAAACAUCCAGGUCCAGCAGGCAGAUGGCCUCCGCUCCCAGGAAGCUGGUCAGCUCGUCGUGCCGGCUAGCUCGUCGCAGAUGAACCAACAGCCCUUCUCCGCCUCCCAAAACAUUUUCCAGCAAGUAGGCCAGCCUGGCCAGGCCAAUGUGAAUGCUCAGUUCCUCGCCCAGCAACAUUUCCAGAAUCCGAACAACCCUCAACAGGACCGAGCGCAGCUGCAGGCCCAGUCGCAGGCCGCUCAGGCUCAGGCGCGCGCCCAGGCCGCUCAGAAGGUGCAAAUGGCCAUGUCUUCCCAGAACAACCAGGGCAACAUGUCUCAACAGAACCCCGCGAUGCCCAUGUUGAAUCGCUCCAUGGGCCCCGAUCAGAUGUCGCCGGCACAAGGAAACGCUCAGGUGCGCCCUCCCUCGCGCCCUCCCGUCAUGCCCGCCGGUGCGCAGCCUAUCGUCCCGCAACAAUCCACCAUGCCCGGCCGACCCCAGAUCCCCCCCAACCUUCCACCGGCUGUGCAUGAGCAGUUGGCCCAAAUGUCUCCGGAGCAACUCAAUAAUUUCCUCAUCCAUCAUCAACGCCGCACGGCCUCAAACAACCCCGCCAUGGCCCGAGCCGGCGCCGCCCAACAGCCGAUGCCUAUGCCACCGCAGGCAAUGUCUCCCGCCGGCCAGGCACAGCAGAUGGUUAACAACGGACAGAUGAACAAUACGAAUCCUAACACCAAUAAUCAAAAUGUACGGGGUUCCAUGGGCCUGCAGCAGCCAAUGGCCGGUAUGAACGGACAACAACCCCCCAACCAGAUGCACCAGGGGCAGCUUCAGACGCUGCAACAGCGCCAGCAAGCCCAGCAGCAGCAGCUCUACAAACUCCAGAUGCUUCGCCAGCAAAACGGGAAUAUGGAGAUGACGCAAGAUCAAUUACGCGAAAUGGAUCGGAUCGCUUUCCCUCCAAAUCUUCUCAACACCAACCCCAACGUGGCUUCUCCCGUGCCGACAAAUAUCAAGACCUGGGGUCAGCUCAAGCAAUGGGCAGCAUCUAACCCGCAAGGCCCCGGCGGCCCUGAUCUAUCCCGGCUCCUGGCCCUCCAAAAGGUCCACUACAUGCAGAUUUUGGCACAGAACAAGGGCAUGAACCGUCCGAUGGAUCCGAACGCGCAAAUUCAGGGCAUGGGGAUGCAGCAGUCCUUCCUCAAUGGGCAAGGGGUGCCACCUGGCCAGCAAUCAGCGCCGCCUGUCAAUAUGCCUCAGCUGCGCCCGAUCACUGCCGGCGACAUCCAAAUGGCUCGCCAGCGGCUCGGAUCGCACGUUCAGAACUACACGGAUGACCAACUCCGCGAACUUCUCCAUCGGAAUCGACAGAAGCAACUCAUGACCGCCCAGAACCGGGCCGCUGCCCAAGCAUUUGCUGCCGCGCAGCACAUGACUCCAGGACAGCAAGCUCAGGCGUCCCCGGCGCAACAACAACAACAACAACAACAACAACAACAACAACAACAACAACAACAACAACAACCGGUCACCACCAUGGCCCCGAGCGUGCCACCAGCCAUGCAGCCCGCCGCCGCUCAACCGCAGCCGCCGCAACCGCAAGCCGCCGCAGCUACCAUGGCACCGGGCAAGACACAAGGCGCUGCUGGCAAAGCCGCUAAACAACAGGCGACGGGUGCAGCCAAACCACCAGCGUCGCGUAAGAGGUCCAACAGCGAUGAUGUGAUUGAAACCACUGGCCCCCCUGGAGCAGUGGUGCCGCCGGCGCAGCCCGCCACGUCGCAGGCGCAGCCGGCCCCGCGACCAAACGUUCCGACACGCGAGCAGCUCAAUGCUAUGACCCCGCAGCAGCGAGCACAGUGGGAAGCCAUGCUGCGCAAGCAGCAGGGACAGCAAGGCCGUACGCCGAUAAGCAAAGCUGCAGCUGAAGACGCAUGGAACCAGCUGCCGGAUACCCUGCGCCAGAUCUACGCUGAAACACUUCAGUCGGCCCCGGUACCGGAGCCUAUCCCUCUGUCGCCGGAACAGCGGGCACUUGUAUCUAAGCAUCUCCUCGAGUGCACGGAUAUGAUCAGUAGAAUGGAUACCCUCGUCCAGUGGUAUGCGCGAUUUUCCGGCCAGGAGAAGAACGUGCGGAACCUUGUCGCCAUGCGACUCCAAUUGAUGCGGCAAUUCAAGCCUGGCCAGGAUUGGGCACUCAACGAUCAGAUCACUGUGUCACCGGAGAACCUGGUUCAGACGAUCAAUUUUGUCAAACGUUGCUUCUCGGCUAUGAUUCAACAUGUCCACAAGCAACAGACCCAGUUUGGGGCCGCACGCCCGGGCGCGCCCGGCGGCCAGCCCGCCAACCCGCUGGCCAUGCCGGUUCUCAACGCCAGCAACCUGCAGCAGCUCCAACAGCAGGAGGAGGCGCUGCAGCGAGCCCGCCGGUCUUCCAGCCAUGCUUCUGCAUCGGUCCCUGCUGCACCAUUUGGCGCUCCGUCACCGCAGGGCGUUCCCCAUGCCUAUGGCCCUGGAGGAUUCCCACCGGAGAAACUGAAGCUGCCGCCCACAAAGAAGCGCAAGCAGUCUCACCCUAACAGCGCGACGGCCACCACCCCGGUGCAGAGUCUUCCAGGCGUCACUAGCCCCGUGGCUACCAAAGCCAAGCCGGGCACCCCCUCGGUGGCCGAGACAGCCGCCGCGAUGGUGGGAGGAGGACAGUUCAAGUGCGCUGUGCCGGACUGCUCAUACAACAUCCAAGGGUUUGCGACGCAGGCGGCUCUGGAACAGCAUAUCGAAGAAAAUCACCAGGUGGAGGAACCAAUCGAAGACGCAUUGGAGUUUGCCUUGCAAAGUUUCGAGAGCGGGCUGGCCAAAGAACCGCAGCGGCCGCCGCAGCAGCAGCAGCCCCUUCAGCCGCCGGCGAUGGCUCGCAUGACUGACGCAAAGAAUGCCCGGCCCGACGGUGCCCUGUCGGCGAUCAAACAAGACAUCAAGUUGGAGGGUGGCGUCGUCACUCCCGCGACAACCGGAACAACGCCGAUGGGCCGCGUGUUCAGCCAGCGUGGAGGCCCCAAGUCAACCACCUCGCCACCUUCUGUCCAGCUGACCCCUGCUGGCAAGUUGCCUGGCGCCACUGCUCUACUCAAGACUGCCUCCAGCGCGAGCAACAAUGGCGGGCGCAAGGAUGUUGGCAAACCUACCACCGCGACGGAGUCAGACCGAGCCAUCGACGAGAGCGGCCUGGUGAAAGACCCGUGGGCAGACAGCCUGAUCUCGCUCGACGUGAUCGCGGACACGUUUGUCGACCUGGGCGCGGAUUAUGAUCCCAUCGAUGAGUUCCUCCACGCGGACGCGUUCGCCCCCAUGCAGGCGGAAGACACGCCGGACUCGGUCGACACCACGGGUUUAACCACGCAGACGCCACGCGACAACGGACUAGAGGCGACGGAUGCGAUGAAAGAUGUCGGUAGCGACCUUGACAACGACGCUUGGGUGCCCAUGGAUUGGGUCACAUUGCCUACCCGCUUCGAAGACGGAAUCCUAGCCACCAACCCCUGGGAAGAUCUCGACUGGGAAUCGAUCGAGCGCAAGGAGGCCGACCGGAUGGACGACCACGGCCUGGCCAUUAUCGCUAUGUAA